UAGAGGAGGCAUUUAGGCCUGCUAGGGCCCCUGAGAGGUUCGCGGCUGUGUUGCCGGCGUUUUAUUUGGCAGGUGCCAGGGCUGGUGGGAGCAGCCGCCCAAGGAAAGCACCAUGAUUUCAGCUGCGCAAUUGUUGGAUGAGUUAAUGGGCAGGGACCGAAACCUCGCCCCGGAUGAGAAGCGCAGCAACGUGCGGUGGGACCACGAGAGCGUUUGUAAAUAUUACCUCUGUGGUUUUUGUCCUGCGGAAUUGUUCACAAACACUCGUUCUGAUCUUGAACCAUGUGAAAAAAUUCAUGAUGAAAAUCUACGAAAACAGUAUGAGAAGAGUUCUCGUUUUAUGAAAGUUGGCUAUGAGAGAGAUUUUUUGCGAUACUUACAGAGUUUACUGGCAGAAGUAGAACGUAGAAUUAGACGAGGUCAUGCUCGUUUGGCAUUGUCUCAAAACCAGCAGUCGUCUGGGGCAGCUGGUCCAACAGGCAAAAAUGAAGAAAAAAUUCAGGUUCUAAUAGAUAAAAUUGAUGUACUCCUGCAGCAGAUUGAAGAAUUAGGAUCUGAAGGAAAAGUAGAAGAAGCCCAGGGAAUGAUGAAAUUAGUUGAACAGUGAAAAGAAGAGAGAGAGUUGCUUAGGUCCACAACUUCGACAAUUGAAAGUUUUGCUGCCCAAGAAAAACAAAUGGAAGUUUGUGAAGUGUGUGGAGCCUUUUUGAUAGUGGGAGAUGCCCAGUCCCGGGUAGAUGAUCAUUUGAUGGGAAAACAGCACAUGGGCUAUGCCAAAAUUAAAGCUACUGUAGAAGAAUUAAAAGAAAAAUUAAGAAAAAGAACUGAAGAACCUGAUCGUGAUGAGCGUUUAAAAAAGGAGAAGCAAGAACGAGAAGAAAGAGAAAAAGAAAGGGAGAGGGAAAGAGAAGAGAGAGAGAGGAAAAGACGAAGAGAAGAGGAAGAAAGAGAAAAAGAAAGAGCUCGAGACAGAGAAAGAAGAAAGAGGAGUCGAUCAAGAAGUCGGCAUUCAAGCCGAACUUCUGACCGAAGAUGCAGCAGGUCUCGGGACCACAAAAGAUCACGAAGUAGAGAGAGAAGGCGAAGCAGAAGUAGAGAUCGACGAAGAAGCAGAAGCCAUGAUAGAUCAGAAAGAAAGCAUAGAUCUCGUAGUCGGGAUCGAAGAAGAUCAAAAAGCCGAAAUCGAAAGUCAUAUAAGCACCGGAGCAAAAGUCGAGACAGAGAACAAGAUAGAAAAUCGAAGGAGAAAGAAAAGAGGGGAUUUGAUGAUAAAAAAAAAAGUAGUGUGAAGUCCAGUAGUUGAGAAAAGCAGAGUGAAGACACAAACACUGACUCAAAGGAAAGUGAUACUAAGAAUGAGGUCAAUGGGACCAGUGAAGACAUUAAAUCUGAAGGUGACACUCGGUCCAAUUAAAACUGAUCUGAUAAGACCUCAGAUCAGACAGAGGAAUACUGUUGGAAGAUUUUUGGAAGAAAACUGAAAACGGCAUAAAGUGAAGAUCGACAUUAAAAUGAGGUGAAAGAAAACUAUAGUGGCAUAGAAAAAGUAUAAAGCUCAGUUAGUUUGUUUGUUUGUUUUAAUUAAAAAUUAAUUCAGGACUGAUGUGACCUAUCAGAUUUCAGAACAUGUAUUAAUAGCAUAUAUAUGCCACUGAAAACUUAGGUCCUGUAUCAUAUCUUUUUCUUUAAGACUUUUUAAGAAAUAUUACCUAAACAUGUGGCUUGCUCAGUGUUUAACUGCAAGUUUUCAUUCUUGGGACUUUGAAAACGAGAUUAAACGUUAAUAUUUGUGUGAA